AUGCGUGACGGCGGUCUGGGGAAAUUACAAAGGAGGAUGAGACGAUUUGGCGAUACAUUGAACCCGGAUGAUGCGUAUCUAAGUUAUCAUGAUGUUCGAUUAACACGAGGGGACAUGCAGUCGCUGAAGAAUGACUGGCUGACCGAUAAUGUUCGUGAAAUGCUACUAUUGAUCUGCUCUACCGUUACAUGGGAAGCUAACAUUCGAAUCAUGAUCAUAGGUCAUCUCUUUCUGGGAGGAAUCGACAACGGCAGAUACCUUGAACACGAAUUUCUCGUCCAAUACAGGUCCUCCAACAUCGUCCUCCUUCGACCGAGCAUGUCAUUCAUGAUCCUGCAAACGCCAAACCCACAUUCUCUGCGUGAAGCGCUCCCCGACUUUUCUCGAACCACACAUGUCUUCCUUCCCAUCAACGAUUGUCGCAAUGUCACGGAAGCAGAGGGAGGCACACACUGGUCAUUAUUAUUGAUUUCAAUCGUGGACGGGAUAGCGUUUCACUAUGAUUCGCUGCCACCGGGCAAUUUCUGGGAAGCCCGGACGGUGACAAUGAAAUUUGCGGCACUACUGGGACGACCCAUCAACUACGUGCAUUUGGAGGAUUCGCCGGUACAGGAGAACGGGAGCGACUGUGGCGUGUUCGUCUGUUUGAGCAUGCGCCAUUUGUUACUGAAGAGAUUGCUCACUGCCAACGCCAAUGAGAAGGUCAGCAUGAGUCUUGGUGGGCGCAAGGUUGAUGCUCGGUCGGGACGCAAGGAAAUGGCCAAGAUCAUUGAAGGCUUCCGGAAGGAGGGCGAAAGACGGAGAUCAGCGAGUCUAAGCCCCCUUGGCAAGAAGUCGACCAGUCCUCCACGGAUCGAAUGA